GACAGGCGAUCACGGUGUUAUACAUAUCGCAGCCCGAGUACGUCAAGUGCAGCAGCGGUUGUGUAAGUGCAAUUCUGCACUGAAAGGUCUGAGAGCUCCCACUAAACACUCCAAACGACAUGUCUGCUCGCAGAGUGGCCCUUGUGACCGGAUCAAACAAAGGGAUCGGGCUGGCUGUGGUGCGGGCCCUGUGUAAGCAGUUUGACGGUGAUGUGUUCCUGACGGCGCGGGACGUGGGUCGGGGGCAGGCGGCGGUGGAGGGGCUGAAGGGGGAGGGGCUGUCACCGCUCUUCCACCAGCUGGACAUCACUGACCCGGCCAGCGUCCGCACAGCGCGGGACUUCUUCAAGGCUCAGUACGGAGGGGUGGACGUCCUCAUCAACAACGCGGGGAUUGCGUUCAAAAUGGCAGAUACAACGCCCUUUGGGACCCAAGCUGAAGUGACUCUGCGGACCAAUUUCUUUGCCACCAGAGACAUGUGCAAUGAGUUCCUCCCCAUUAUCAAACCAGGGGGCAGGUUGGUAAACGUUUCCAGCGUGAUGAGCUCCAUCGCCCUGGGACGCUGCAGCCCAGACCUCCAGGCUCGUUUCCGCAGUGACGACAUCACUGAGGAGGAGCUGGUCGGGCUGAUGGAGCGUUUUGUGAAGGAUGCUAAGGAGGAUGCCCACUCCCAAAGAGGUUGGCCUAAUACAGCAUACGGAGUGUCCAAGACUGGCCUGACCACUUUGACCAGGAUCCACGCCAGGAAGCUGACUGCGGAGAGACCCGGGGAUGCAAUCCUGUGUAAUGCCUGCUGUCCAGGCUGGGUCAGAACAGACAUGGCAGGGCCAAAUGCUACAAAGUCGCCAGACGAGGGCGCUGUGACCCCAGUCUAUCUUGCCUUGCUACCACCUGGUGCCAAGGAGCCCCAUGGGCAGUUUGUGUCUGAGAAAAAGGUCCAGCCCUGGUGAAAGAGUGAGUGUGUAUUUGUGUGACUAAUUCUCAAAUGAUUCCCUAUGGUACUUAUAAUUCAUGAUUUGGUUGCAGAAGUAAUAUCAUGACCCCUUUUUUGCAUAAGCUGUAUAAUGAUUAGGGAGCCAUUUGCUGGGUGUGUUUGAGUGUGUGUGUCUCACUCCAAAGAUUCUUGAAAAACACUGACGUACUACUGAUCAUGUCCAGUUUAUGGAUUCCUGCAAAAAGGUCAGCUUUUUACAUUGCAAUUAAUUAUGACUAAUGUUUAAUGAAUAACAUUGUAAUCAUUAGAUAGACAGUACUGUGCAAAGAGGCUGUUUUUCAUUUAUUUAUUUUCCAGCCAAAAUGACUAAUCAGUAGCUAAUUUUUCAGUGUCAGAAAAAAACAGAAAACAUUCAACAGAAAGUUACACAGAAGCCACAGCAACUAAUAUCUUCCCUUUUUAGUGUGUCCACCUUUUGCCUUUUUUACAGCUUCCGUUCUCUUCGGGACAGGGGUAUUUUUCCACAUGUUCCAUACGUCUUUUAAACACUUCCAGAGUUCAACCUUAGAUGUUGGUUAUAUUUUCUACUUAUCAUGAUCCCAAACGCAUUCAGUGAUGUUGAGAUCCUUAGAAAUAUCUCAUGAAAAAUGAAUAGUUUGUACUUAAUGGUUGUGCUGACUGGAUAUUAAAUAUAUGAAUGGUGGUCUAUGACUUUUGCACAGUACUGUAUAUAUGCUGGUUAUAAUUAGAUCAAAUUGGUGCCUUUUUCACUCUGAACUCCAUCUGCAUUCACAGCUUGUAACUGUAAACUUAAUAAACUUAAUAAAAGAUUUUAA